AUGAAUGUCCUUAAGCUUCAGAGGAAGUUUCCUCAGUUUCCUCAGAAUGAGAUCUUCCAGCUAUCCGACGCCUUCCAGCGGCUGGACGUAGAAGACCGGGGAUAUCUCGAUGAAGCAACGGCCAUUAAGGCCACUCAGCAAAGCGAAAACCAGCCUUAUGACGUUGUCAGACAAGCUCUGAAGGAAGUAGACCUAGACUCUUCACGGCGAGUCGAACUCGAAGACUAUGUCGGACUUAUUGCUAAAUUGCGCGCCGGAUCAACCGCCCAAAAACGUCUCUCUACUGGUCCUGGGCCAGCACCUUCUGGAGCUGGUGCCACUCCAGGCCAUGCUUCCAAGGGCAGCGUAAGCGGCAAGAUCCACGUCCAAGGAUCAAAUGCGAAUACCACGCAUACAAUCAAUGAAGAUGAGAGAACAGAGUUUACACGCCACAUUAACGCGGUUUUGGCUGGUGAUCCGGAUAUUGGUAGCCGACUUCCGUUCCCAACCGACACAUUCGAGAUGUUUGACGAAUGUAAGGAUGGAUUGGUUCUUGCGAAGCUCAUUAACGAUAGCGUUCCGGAUACUAUCGAUGAGCGAGUUUUAAAUAUGCCCGGACGGAAAACCCGAACUCUGAAUGCUUUUCAAAUGAGCGAGAACAACAACAUCGUCAUUGAGUCAUGCAAGGGCAUUGGGUGCUCUGUUGUCAAUAUCGGAGCUGGAGAUAUCAUUGAAGUCCGCGAGCAUCUUAUUCUCGGUCUCAUUUGGCAAAUAAUUCGACGAGGCUUGCUGGGGAAAAUCGAUAUCAAGCUGCACCCUGAACUCUACCGACUCCUGGAAGAUGAUGAGACUUUAGAGCAGUUCCUGAGACUGCCUCCCGAGCAGAUUUUACUUCGCUGGUUCAACUAUCACCUAAAAGCCGCCAAUUGGCCUAGAAGAGUCACAAACUUCUCUAGCGAUGUGAAGGAUAGUGAAAACUACACCGUCCUCCUCGCGCAAAUAGGAGGAGAGUAUGGCUGCACACGAGCUGCUCUGCAAACCAGAGAUUUAUCACAGAGAGCUGAAGAGGUUUUGCAAGAAGCCGAUAAGCUUGGAUGCCGCAAGUUUUUAACUCCGUCAUCAUUGGUUGCGGGCAACCCAAAACUUAACUUGGCAUUCGUCGCUAACCUCUUCAACACCCACCCUGCGCUUGAUCCUAUUACCGAAGAAGAAAAGUUGCAGGUCGAAGAUUUCGAUGCAGAGGGAGAACGCGAGGCGAGAGUCUUUACUCUGUGGCUAAACAGUUUAGAUGUGCAGCCAGCUGUAGUCUCGUUUUUCGAUGAUCUGAGAGACGGCUCGGUUCUUCUGCAAGCAUACGACAAGGUCAUUAAAGGAUCUGUUAACUGGCGCCACGUUAACAAAGCACCCGCUCAUGGAGGUGAAAUGCUCAGAUUCAAAGCUGUUGAAAAUACCAACUAUGCUAUAGAGUUGGGCAAACAGAAUGGAUUUUCGCUCGUGGGCAUUCAAGGAGCAGACAUUACUGAUGGCCAAAGAACGUUGACACUCGGACUUGUGUGGCAACUCAUGCGAAAAGACAUAACGUUGACGCUAUCCUCUCUGGCGCAAAAUCUUGGCAAGAGAGAAAUAACUGACGCCGAAAUGGUCAGAUGGGCCAACGAUAUGUCAAAGAAGGGCGGUCGGAGCUCAUCCAUUCGCUCGUUCAAGGAUCCAACGAUUGGCUCUGGUAUUUUCCUUCUGGAUGUCCUAAACGGCAUGAAGAGCAGCUACGUGGACUAUGACCUUGUGACACCUGGCCAAACGGAAGAAGAUGCAUACAUGAAUGCGAAAUUGAGCAUUAGUAUUGCUCGUAAGCUUGGCGCGACCAUAUGGCUUGUCCCCGAAGAUAUUUGCCAGGUCCGUAGUCGUCUGGUGACGACGUUCAUUGGAUCUCUGAUGGCAACUUAUGGCAAAGCGUAA